UUACGUUUAAGAUUAGUUGGUCCUUAUGUAUCGGUUAGGAGUUUGACAAUCAAACGAAAGAAGUAUUCACAGCGCAAUUUCGCCACGCACGCCAACAUCAUUUCUCGCCGUGCAAACAAGUUCGAAAGAAACGGUCAAAUCAAAUCACCCGUCAGCAAAAGGCCUCUUGCAAAGUGACGACGCAAAACAAGGCGCCGCCGCGCCGCCGAAACAAAAACACGCACACAUCAGCAUCACAGGCAGCUGCUGGCUGGAAUCCGCUUUGUCAUCGCUGCAUCGCCAUUCUUCCCCGUCCGUUCGAACGCAACAGAAGCGUUCCCGCGCGUGUUUGAGCCCAGGACAGGAAUAAAGUGGGUGUUUUAAUAAAAGGUGGCACAUCUUCCACCCAAGUUCGUGCUGUACAGGUAAAUGGAAGUGGCAGAAGUGAAACCGGGACCGUAACGUUGACUCUUCCUAUUUAAUAGGACGGUGGAACGAAUUGCCGGAGUUGGCAAGUGAGGCAAGCUAACCUCCAAAUUCUCACCGCACCGCUAGCUUCCACCGGUGGGACGAGAGGACAGAUUCAAACAUACCAAGGGACGAUUGGUACGGCCGUCUGACCGGCAGGUAAGCGAAAACGCCCUCCGCACCAGAAAGGGUAGUUAAGGAACCCCUAUUUUGCAGACACGACGCCUGCUCGCACACCACGAGGUCGAGGGCACUGGCUGGCACCAUCUGGUCAAGCCCAGUACGAUUGGAGGAACAACAAGGCCUUCCGAAGGAGGGCCUUUAAUUACAGCUUUUUUCCUUCCCGGGAACAACAACGAGUGCCUACAAGGAACGGUGGUGGGAUCAGGAAGGCCGACGGAAAAAGAGCGGUGGCGAUUCCGGCAUUCGGAGCGCAGCGCCGGGAGAACCGCCUGACGACGCGACUGUCUCGUGCAAGCGAAGAAACCCACAGACACAGUGGUUCCCAAGCGCCGAGCUGCGUUGGUUCAUGCACCGGACAGGCCGGUUAGGAGAACACGGUUAGGCGCAAGUAGGAUAUCGUAGCGCGGGGUGGUUUGACCGAAUCCACUCCUGCGACCGGCUGAGGGCGUGACCAGAGCGAGAUGUUUGGUUGGCCGAUGACAUGUGCGUUGGCGAGGAUGCAACGGCAAGGGGGACGCCCCUCACAGAUAAGUUCUAGUUUUUAAGAAUGUAGAGCAUUAGAUCUUAAGCUUAACACCUAAGCCCAAAUGGGAAAUCCCAAAAUACAUGUAUUAAGCUGAGAUUUGCCGUUUUGUGAUUUCUAGUUGAGCUAUAGCCCCUCAGUGUUUGCGAUUUGAGUCCUUGUUCUAUUCGUUAGCGGUAAUUGCUCUGCCACCACCGGGACACUUGCAACACUGGCGCCCAACUGAAAAUCCACACAAGAUAACUACCGUUUAGCGAAUUUUUGGUUUUGUGAAGUUUUUGGUUUUUGUGCUUUUGAUUAUCCGGCAUUGAUAAUCAUCAAAAUUUUAGCCCUUACGCAUAAGAUUCGAUACACAAUAUGGAUUACACACACUUAACAGACGAAGAGGUGACGUAUGAGUUGGCUCUGCGUCACGUGGUAAAUUUAGGGCCUACCACCCACAGAGGGAAGGUCCUCCGUCUGAAGGCACUCAUUCAAGAGGAAGCCUUAAGAGAUAACCAGCCCACUAGCUCAGCCCAUGUAAUGAGUCCACAGUCCAACAUUGAACACUGUGAAACUCAAAUACAACAGCUGCACAUUGGCACUGAAGCGGCCAUUCGAACAGCCGAUAGGGCUGCAAUCAGUCAAAGCCGAACGCGUCUUACCCACUAUCGCGACAGAUUACGGUUGAUCCACCCCCCGGUCGAACUGAGAGAUCUGCAUGGGAUGUUAACCAUGCACGUGACUGUUUUACUCAACAAAGUGAAUGGUACUAGUGUAGUGAGUUGUGUGCAACGAGGUGAGAAUGAGGUAAACCACACAAGUUCAACGGGUGCCAUAAGAAGAAGCAACAACGAAGAGGAAGGAGCAGUCGGUGGAACGGCGGAUGCCACGAUUCCAGUGGGCAACCAUUCAAAUCAGGAAUCCACACCACCGCCAGCCUCACAGCCGCCUUCGAUGACGUCAUUUUCCGGCGGACAAGGACGAGGAUUGCUAUUUUCUAGCUCAUUCCGAGCGCGAGACAACGAAGACGCAGGGGAAACACAGCCUAGACAACGGAACACCUCACCACCGCCUCCCUACCUUCCACGGGAGCGAGAAACAUGGAACCGGACAGCUCGAGAAACACAAUCACGAGAAGUUCACGAGCUGCAAUCGAGAAUAGUGGAGAUGCAGGAAAGAGAGCAGCGGAUGCACGAAGAAUACUGCCGAAUGCGGGACGACCUGGAGCGGCUAAUCCGGCGAGAUAGACCAGCACCGGAACGAGCGGACGAUCGCCGAAUACAGAAGGCGGUGCACAACUGGCCUUUCAAAUUUCGCGGCGAGAAGGACACGACAUCACUCAACGUGUUCCUAGAUCGCGUGGAGACAUUCGCGAGGUCGGAAGGCAUGAGCGAUGCCACACUCCUGAGUUCGAUCAAGCAUCUACUCCAGGAGGACGCAAUCGACUGGUACUCGCGAGCAACAUCGCAAAACCUGUUGCGGACCUGGGACCAGUUCAAGCGGGAGAUCAGAAGGGAAUUCCUGCCCAGCGGAUACUCCCAAAUUCUGCGCCUGGAAGCCAGCUUUCGAUUUCAAGGAAGGGAGGAAUCCUUUGCAAAGUUCUACCGACAUAUCUCAGCGCUCUUCCGCUUCGUCGACCCACCCAUUCCAGACGACGAAAAGUUCUUCCUGGUGAAGAAAAACAUGAACGAGAACUACGCAGCCAUCGUAACAGCAGCAAGGCCUCGUUCACUGGAAGAAAUGGUAGAAGUCUGCACCGGAUACGACGAGACGAGGAUGCUCCUGAACAGGCAACGCAGGAUUCCCAUUCCGCACAGCGCGCUUCUGGAACCGAACUUCGCUACGCCAGUAGUAACCAGCAGACCACCACCGAUUCAGCAUCACCAACAGCCACAGCGGUUCAACAGAGUUCACGCCGUGGAGGUAGAAGAAGCCGCAUUCGAGCACGAAGCAGCGGAGGAAGGACCAGAAGACAAUUGGCAGCACAACAUCGACGAACUGGUGGAGCAAGUCAACGCGUUGAAGUUGAACAUUGAGCGGAGAUCUGCGAGACCAAGCUUUGCCGCACGCGACGAAAGGCAGACAAGGCCAACGGAUAGGUACAACCGGACAGAGGCUGACGUCCUGCGAGCAGCGCGGCAGUACACAAGAGAGGCGCAAACGCCGGCACAGCAGCAGCGGCCGCAAACCGCAUCGUACCAGGCUCGGCUACCACCACAACAGCAAGAACAGCCGCAAAGAGCACAGGGCUGGCAUGCACGACAGUGGAUGCCAAGCUCGGAUCAGAGCGACAAUAACCGAAGAAGCCAACGUAUGCUGCCAGAACCAGCCAGGCAACGGGAAGAUCGCCAAAUACAACAGGAAGAAGCUCCGAACGGCCAACGAAUAGCAAUGCUUUGCUGGAACUGCGACGAGGAGGGUCACAGAUUCAUGGACUGUCCGAAGCCGCAAGCCAUCCUAUUCUGCUACCGUUGUGGAAGGAAAGGCUACUCGCUGCGCAGUUGCUUCACGUGCCGCAUGGACGCGGUAAACUACCAAGCGGAGAACCAGCAGUAGAGGGGA